AAAGCCAGCUGGUAUCGAAACAGAGACAAAAAGCAAAUCAGCGUUGGUGGCUCAUUAAAUCAGCCUUUGCGAGAGGGUCCGCAUGGCGUUAAUAAAUACGCGGUUCGUUUUCUUCCUGGCAGGCCCAAGUACGCACCAAGCAUGCAUGGCGUAGACACCUCCCUCUUGAAAACUUACCAAUUGAUCAUAUUCUUCAUAGACAAAUUGGAUGACACUGAAUUCCGUUGUGUAAUUGAGAUUCCUACAUAUCCACGCGAAAAGUGGCCUUCCGCAGUUGGGCGUAUUCUGGUGAAGUGGAAACCAGAAAUUCUACCUCAGCUGACAUCGCUGAUAGUGAACGAGGGUGAGGCCCUCCGCUUGAACUGUUCUGCGCAAGGCUCACCGUAUCCGAACAUAAGCUGGACCAGAGCAAAUGGAAAGCCCUUGGAUCUAGUCGGCUCGCCCCAGCGAAUUUACGAAUUGGCAAUAGAAGAGGAGGAUUUGUCGAUACUUAUCGUUUUGUUUUCUAGCCUGUUUGUUGUUGAGGCCUGCCAUUUUUUAUUUGUAUUUGUAUUCGGCUGA